CCGAGCUCCGAGGAGAGCGCAGAGCUCCGCAGCCUCACCCGCUCCGCAGUGGAAUGAACGCGUCCCAAAUAGUCACUGGACUACGCUUUGAUUCACAGUGAAGGUACAAGCGACGACUUGGUACAGUAAAGUUCCACUAUUUUGGAAGUUUUGCUCUGUUUUUUUUUUCCUUCACUCUAAUAAUACUGCGGGACUUUGUACCGGAGAUUGAGUCAUUUGGAUCGCUGAAGACUAUUUGACUGUUGAGUUUAAAUGAUGUCCACAAUGAUGGAACAGCCUUUUUAUGACGACUCGUUUCUCUCUGCUUAUGGCCAUCCAGGAGCGGCACUGACUGACUACAAGUUGCUCAAGCAGAAUAUGAACUUGAACUUCCCCGAGUCUUACCGGAGCUCGAACUUCAAGACGCAGCAGCUGCGCUCCUGCGAGGGCGACUUCUUCCCGGCGGGCUCGGCGGAAGUGGGCUCCCUGAAGCUCGCCUCCCCAGAACUGGAGCGGCUGAUCAUCCAGAACAGCAACGGGCUCAUCACUACGACGCCGACCCCCAGCCAGUAUCUCUACAACCGCGGGAUCACGGAGGAGCAAGAGGGCUUCGCGGAGGGUUUUGUCAAGGCUCUGGACGACUUGCACAAGAUGAACCACAUGGCUCCCCCCAACGUGUCCAUCGGGGCCGGCGGCGUCUCCUGUUCCGCGUCGGUAUUCGGGUCGACGAUGCCACCAGAGCCGCUCGAGUACACGACUUUAAACAGCUGCGCCACGAACCCCGGCAUGAGCUCGGCCGUCAGCUACCCCUCCACCACCAUCAGCUACCUGCCGCACCACCAGUACCACCAGCAUCCGCAGCCGGUUGCGCACGGCUCCCACCACUUCCAGCACUCGGGAGCCGGGAUCCACGCGCAGCGCUUCGCGGGGCUGAAAGAGGAGCCGCAGACGGUGCCGGACAUGCUGAGCAGCGACAACAGCUCCCCCCCGAUGUCCCCGGUUGACCUGGAGAACCAGGAGCGCAUGAAAGCGGAGCGGAAGCGGCUGAGGAACCGGCUCGCGGCGUCCAAGUGCCGGCGGCGCAAGCUGGAGCGCAUCGCUCGCCUGGAGGACAAAGUGAAGCUGUUGAAAUCAGACAACGCGGGACUGUCGAACACGGCGACUCUGCUCCGAGAACAAGUGGCCCAACUCAAACAGAAGGUCAUGACGCACGUGAGCAGCGGCUGUCAGCUCAUGCUGGCGCCCAAAGUGAAGUCUUACUGAAGAAACCAAGCACUGGACUCUGAACAACUGCACUGAUACACAAACAACGACGUCCUCUAACACAGUCUGAAUACCAGAACUGGACCACGUUUAACACUUGGGACAUUUUUGUUUUAUAAAAGUGUCUUUUACUGUCCUGUUUACAUUUUUUUUGACCCAUGAUGUAACUUAUUUGUGUCUGCCAAAUUGAGCCGGACUCCUUUUUACGUGUACAUUAUACAUAUUUAAGUAAAACACAAGUAAUGAACGGUUGUGUCGUUUCCUUCAUGAACAGUCAAACACGGUAUUUUCUUAUGUUUACACCUGCGGCGUCAGUUUAGAAAAUUAAAUAACUAUCUUCAUAUAUUAAGUUAAAGGCGUCAUUGCGAUCUUAAACUUAACAGAGACACGGUAUUAUACUUGUCAAAGAAGCAAUUCACCUCUGGACGCGCAUAAGAAAUGUGAUUAUUUACGACAGCGGUAGUUUCGACACUUAAGUGUGUUGACGUCAAGCGCGCGCGACAGUUUCCGUGUGUGACGUACGUGCCACUCCUUUUAUGGUCAACGCGUAUCUACUGAAGUUUCCGGGAACUCCCUCCUGCUUCACCCGUCAAGUGUGUGUGAACGGGUGUGUACCUAACGCAAGACGCCUUUAUUUCGUGGUUUUUGUUUCAGACCACGGGAGUUUUCCCCUUCGUUUACAGCUGAACUCAGUUGCGGAGAACUGAUGAGUUAAUAGGAAUACGGAGGCGGGAAACUUCCAGAGUUUGUUUACAAGAAAUAGGGCAGAGAUCAUGGUGUUAACUGAAGAGUGUUCUGCUUCGAUCUUGUUUGAAAGGAUGAAUAACUUGAAGCCAUUUAAACCGUUCCAUGUCUAAUGUCUUACCGGUCAGUGGUCAGUAUCUAUAUCAAAAGUGAUUUAAUAGUCAAAAAUGACAGACUGUGAGAGCAAAAAUCCAGCUGUUUACACUGAUGUAAAAACAAAAAAAAAAUAAGGGUCACAAAAAGGUGUCUACCAUAUUCUUCUGUUUAGAUCCUAGUCGACUUGAGGUACGCGGGGGAAUGUGAAAUGCGCAAAAGAGUAGGUACCGAAUAAAGUGCUCCUAAAGUUAUGGUUGU